GCUUAAUUUUCAUACAUACCCCUCUUCAUAUUGUUUGCCAUUGAAAUAAUUCUCUAUUGACAUCCAUACAUUCGAUCAAUAUGAUUGAAAAACGAGCCAAUGGUGCAUUGCACGCAAAUCCAGAUGUUUUCCACUACCCAGCAAAUUCCGAUAUUAACAUCACAACCCGUGGAAGUGAUGUAUAUUGGGCCAUUACUGCUGCAAUGGCCUUCGCAACUAUAACUUUCAUUGCUUUGAGUUUCCGAGUUCCACGAAGCAAGCGUGUCUUCCAUUACAUUACUGCGGCCAUUACUAUGACGGCCUCGAUUGCGUACUUCACCAUGGCAUCAAAUUUGGGCUACGCUUCCAUCAUUCAGGAAUUCCAACGUAGCGAUCCUAAAGUCAGUGGUGUGUACCGGGAAAUCUUCUACGUGAGAUAUAUUGAUUGGGUUAUCACAACUCCUCUUUUACUCUUGGAUAUCCUCUUGACUGCAGGUCUUCCAUGGCCAACGAUAUUGUUCACAAUCUUUUUGGACGAGAUCAUGAUUAUCACCGGCCUCGUUGGUGCUCUCGUGGCAUCUUCUUAUAAAUGGGGAUACUUCGUCUUCGCAAUGGCUGCUCUCUUUGGUAUUGCCUGGAACAUUUUCGUCGUGGGAGCUCAACAUGCCAAAGCUUUGGGCACCGAAGUGAACAAAGUAUAUUGGACUUGUGGAGGCAUCACCAUGUUCCUCUGGUUCCUCUACCCUAUCGCCUGGGGUCUUUCCGAAGGUGGAAACAUCAUUGCGCCCGAUUCGGAAGCAGUCUUUUAUGGUGUUCUCGACGUCCUUGCCAAGAUCGGCUUCGGUGCUCUCUUGUUGUUUGGUCAUCGUAACAUCGAUCCUGCGCAUCUGGGUCUGCACAUUAGGGAUUACAAUGAACAGCCAAGUACAUUCCAUGAUAAGGAUGUCGGUCGUCACAAUGGUGUCCAUCAUGAUGGUGCACAUGUCCCAGUUACGAACAAUGCUGGUUAUCGGGAAGGACAGAAUACUCCGGCUGCUACGGCGGUUAACUCAAACCAUGCGGUUAAUGAUCCGGCUUUUAACAAUACGGGUACGGUUCCAGCUAACUCUUCUGUUGUCUAAAGAACGAGCUUUUGGCCGCUUGGACAAUAUAAUGGUUAAGGGAUUUCGGAUCAGAAAUCUGGAACAAAAACUCUGGCUGUCUAUGCUAGGGAUAUCCAUUUGAUAUCAUGGCAUACAGGCUCGCCAAAAUGAAAAGGUUGAGAACACAAGUCUUGGAAGUCUUCCACUAGAGAGAAAUUCUGGUUCUCCAGGAAUGGAGACGGGAAUGUGUUUUUUGUUUAUUUAUGUUUAAUGAUAAUGUGGAUGAGGUAAAGGGAGGAUAUAAGUGCUUGGGGUUAGGUGGAAGAGGUGGAUGGAUGAGGCCUCGGGGAUUCUUUUCUAUUUUAAUUACUUUUACUUUUUAGAGCAUAAUAUUAUGGUUCUGAUUUA